AUGGCCGGGUCCCUGCCCUUGCGCGGUUUUAUUUCCGUGUGCCUCAGCGGAACCCGGGGAGAGUGGGAACUAGGACCAGGUGUGUCCCGACUGGCUGCCAGUGUGUCCCGGGCUGUUUGCUCCUUUGGCCGCGACGAUGUGGCAUCUCAAGUGUGCCCAUCUCUAGAAAUACGCAAAUAUGACUUCAUGGUUUCCUUGGCUUAUGAUACUUACGCAAACCUCAUUGAAAAUGGAGACGAAAACGGACUACAGGAGUUGCUCGCUACAAAGACGCUCGGCAUUGACGAACGAAGCGAGUGUGACAGAGACGUCGCGUGGAAGCGCGGCGUUUUUUCAUGAAUAUUUCUGGAACCCUGGGUACACGAGUGAAUUUUUGACCAUAGAUUCUCGAACCCCGAUGGAUGCCGCGUGAUCAUGCUUGAUGAGAUUUUCGUCGAUAUCAUCCGCCGACUUGGGCGAGCAAAUUUAAAUUAUGAUCCCUUCAUUCUUGUUUCACGAGGUUCUCUUUUAAUUAUUUGAACGCGUGCGAGUUGGAGAGGUAGAAGAGAAGAGGUGUACGAAAAUUGAUGCCAUUCUGUGUGAUUUGAUGGAAAUCGGGAAUUUAAAUCAGUUUAGGUUUCUGUCGAGAAAUCUGCGAACCUCUCGGAUAACUGAUAAAAUUGAGAUUUUUUUUGCGUUUCUUUGAGCCGAAAAAUGAUGAACUGUAUUUAUAUGAAAAGCGCCUAAAUUUAGUUAUGAAUGAAUAACUCAAAAAUUUUUAGUGAAUUGAUGAGGGGAAAAUUGUUGUAGUCCUGUGCUGUAAACGGUAUUCUCAGUUCUGGU